CCAGUUCUCGAAGAGCACGGCUGGCGAACGGGCGCACCACCAAUGGGACAAUAGAAUAUACAUAUCUCUGAAGCCGAGGCACACACGUAAUUAUCACACCUGUAAAAGGUAAUAGACAAAUAUUUGCGUAGGCGGCUCAUUAAUUGGGCCAAAGCAAAUCGAAGCUAGAGUCAAACAAAAUUUCUUUCGCUGACGCCAUUCGAGAACAUGUGGCGACUCUUCCUGCUGCUGGUCGGACUGCUCGUUAAUCCUCCUUCCACCAAAUCGGAGACGGCUUUGAGCUAUGAGAAGGCGCGCCAGGCGGUGCUCAGUGCCGAGGAGCAGCUCAUGACCGGCGGCCGCACCAGUCUGAGCACGCAGGAGUCCCAGGUGGACGAUCUCUUCAUGCAGUACAAGCUGGGCGAGCUGGCGCAGGGUUUUCGCAAUGCCGAACAGAAUGCAGCUGCCAUGCAUUUCUUUAAGGCCAAGCCGCUGAUCGAUCGCAGUGCGAUCUUCCGGUUCCUGCAGCAGAUGCCCAAGGGAGCUGUGCUCCAUAUGCAUAACACUGCGGCGGUUAGCUCCAGGUGGGUGCUGCAGAACAUGUCCUACAUGCCGGGCAUGAUGCGCUGCACGGACGCGGCCGGUCGCAGCCGUUUGAGCUUCCGGCGCGCCGUCAAGGAGCACGGCUGCACCUCACAGUAUGUCUACGUGGCGGACGAGAGGCGCAACUCCAUCGAUCCGGCGUUGUACGAUGAGAAUUUCGAGCGGCUCAUUAAUUUGUAUACGCCCGUGCCGGAGCUGGAGUAUCCGACAAUAACUGCCGUUUGGAACCGAUUCCAGGGCAUGUUCGACACCUUGACAGAGGCCAUCUAUUACCUGCCCGCCUAUCGAGCCUAUCACUGGCAGAUGCUGGAGGAGCUCUACAACGACAAUGUCAUGUACGCCGAGCUGCGCAUCAGCCUGCGAGAGCUCUACGACGCCAGCGGACGUACCUUUCCGCGGGAUCAGGCGGUGCGCGAGCUGCAGUCGCUGAACGAGAAAUUUGUCCGCCUGCAUCCGAAUUUCAUGGGCAUCAAGGUCAUCUAUGCCGUGUGGCGAGGCGCGGACGCGGAUCGGAUGCGCGAGAAUGUCAAGGAGUUCAAACUGUUACAGGAGACCUUUCCGCAGUUUGUGAUCGGCUUCGAUCUAGUGGGCCAGGAGGACAAGGGAAAGCCCAUAUACGAGCAGCUGACGGCCUUAAAGGAUCUGCCGCCCGGCACACGUUUGUUUCUGCACGCGGGCGAAACAAAUUGGUUUAGUGCCUCGACGGAUAUCAAUAUGCUAGACGCCCUGCUGCUCAAUACCACGCGCAUUGGCCACGCCUUCGCUCUGGUCAAGCAUCCCAUUCUGAUGAAUGCCGUAAAAGCGCGACAGAUCGCUGUCGAGCUGAAUCCCAUCUCGAAUCAGGUGCUGCACCUGGUCUCGGAUAUGCGCAACCAUCCCGGCGCACAGUAUCUGGCGCUGGAUGUGCCUGUCGUCGUGUGCAAUGACGAUCCCGGCUUUUGGAAUGCCAAGGGCCUCAGCUAUGACUUCUACUAUGCUAUUAUGAGCAUGGCGCCCAACAAUGCCGGAAUUCGUGUCCUAAAAACGCUCGUUUUCAACUCAAUACGCUACUCGGCGCUCACGGAAAAGGAACAGCAACGAGCGUAUCAGUUGCUCGAGCACAGCUGGGCACGUUUUAUGGACAAAGUGCUGCAGGGCAAGGUGUUCUAAGCAGGCUUAUGAAGAUAAAUA